GCGGCGUGGCAUCAGGGAGGCGCGCUCCCUGCCCCUGGGAAAGGGGGAUCUCGGCUGUCGCUGCGAUUUGCUUCGCCGACAGCGUGGUUGUCCUUUGACGGGCACCUCGGCUGUGCUGUCGCUGCAAUUUGAUUUGCCGACAGCGACUGACGUGAGAAGUGGCUUUUCAUUUAUGCAGCGGCCUCUUCCCUACCUCCUUUUGGUGCCUUUGGUUUUCGUGGGAUUGAGUCUGAUCUGCUGGGGCAACGGAGCCCCUGACAACCACGGGCAGACCGCAGCGUCUCCCGUCUCCAAGCUGGCAUCGACGCCAGCGAAGGGC